AUGCCAAGAUUCGAAGAAGGUCAAACUUCUGGCUCACUCAUCACCUGUCAAUUAUGUGGUCCUGGGUACACUUUCGAAGCAGGAAGAGCACUAUGUGCUCGAAUCAAGGAGCCCACAUAUAGAGUCGCAAAAUCAAAACGAUCAUCCUUCAAGUGUUCAUCGCAGGCUGUGGGCGUCAUGACAAUACCGCUGUCCACACACUUAUAUUUUCCUUGCAAGCAACCAGUAGAACAGUCUGGCUUCCGACGCAGCUUCUGCACCCUACACGAUAUUCAUAUCAUCCAAAAGCUGCUGGAGAUACUGGCUGCGGUCUUUUUCGCCCCUAUUGUUCUCCUCAACGAAGAGCUACAGAAGCCAAGGAAUUGCUAUGAAAGGUGUUGUCUGAAGCAUCUCAGGCAAACGAAAAAUCAUCCAAAUAUGCGGAUGCGGCCAGGUCGUCUUCCGUAG